AUGCGCGAAUGCCUUAGUGUUCAUGUUGGUCAAGCGGGUGUUCAAAUCGGAAAUGCCUGCUGGGAGUUAUAUUGUCUUGAACAUGGAAUCGAUUUGGAUGGACAAAUGAUUAAAAAGGGAAAAAAUGAUAAGAAUGAUUCGUUCGAUACGUUCUUUCAUCAUACAGGCAAUCGCUAUGUUCCACGAGCUGUCUUUGUCGAUCUUGAACAAUCAGUCAUUGAUGUCAUUCGAACUGGCCCAUACAAAACACUUUAUCAUCCUGAACAAUUGAUUUCGGAUAAAGAAGAUGCAGCUAAUAACUAUGCACGUGGACAUUACACAGUUGGCAAACAGAUUAUUGAUCUUGUACUUGACCGUCUUCGAAAACUAUCUGAUCAAUGCGACGGUUUACAAGGAUUUUUAAUCUUUCAUUCAUUUGGAGGUGGCACCGGUAGUGGUUUUACUUCGUUAUUAAUGGAGAGACUUUCUCUUGAAUAUGGCAAGAAAUCCAAACUUGAAUUUGCUGUUUAUCCAGCUCCACAAAUCUCGACUGCUGUGGUCGAACCGUACAAUUCCAUUUUGACAACACAUACAACAUUAGAACACUCACAUUGUGCAUUCAUGGUUGACAACGAAGCAGUCUAUGAUAUCUGUCGACGAAAUUUGGAUAUUGAACGGCCGUCUUAUACAAAUUUGAAUCGUCUCAUUGCACAGAUUGUCUCAUCGAUCACCGCAUCAUUACGGUUUGAAGGCGCACUCAACGUUGAUCUAAACGAAUUUCAAACUAAUCUUGUUCCAUAUCCUCGUAUACACUUUCCAUUAGCUACUUAUGCACCGAUCAUCAGUGCCGAAAAAGCCAUGCAUGAACAAUUGUCAGUUAACGAAAUCACUAAUGCAGUAUUUGAUCCAUCCAGUCAAAUGGUCAAAUGUGAUCCACGACAUGGAAAAUACAUGGCAUGUUGCCUUCUCUUUCGGGGUGAUGUCGUUCCGCAAGAUGUUAAUCGCGCUGUUGCGACGAUCAAAACCAAACGAUCGAUCCAAUUUGUCGAUUGGUGUCCAACUGGUUUUAAAGUUGGAAUCAAUUAUCAACCGACAAGUGUUGUACCUGGCGGCGACAUGGCGUCAGUGCCACGUGCAGUUUGUAUGCUUUCGAAUACAACAGCUAUUGCCGAGGCAUGGGCACGUCUUGACCAUAAGUUCGAUUUACUCUAUGCCAAACGUGCUUUUGUUCAUUGGUACGUGGGUGAAGGAAUGGAAGAAGGAGAAUUCAGUGAAGCUCGUGAAGAUCUAGCUGCAUUGGAAAAAGACUACGAGGAAGUUGGAAUUGACACACUCGAUGGAGACAAUGAUGAACAACAAGAUGAAUAUUAA